GUCAGUCAGCCCCGCCUUCCUCCGCAGAUCAACAGUCGUCUGUAGAGAGGAUGGCAGCGGCUGCGGACCGUGGAGGAUUUCUGGGAGCGGCGGUUCCUUCGUGUCCGGCUGCAGCUGCCGAACCUUCGGAAGGAUCCGAAGCUGAUAGACCAACCGACUGUCGGGUCGCGGUUCCUAUGAACCUUUACGCGACCUGGGAGGUGGAGCGGUCCUCUCCGAGCUGCGUGCCCAGGCUCUGCAGUCUGACUCUUAAGAAGUUGAUGUUGUUCAGGGAGCUGGACCAAGACCUCACCUCGUUCAUCAUUGCUGUGAAGAUCCAGGGUUCAAAGCGGACUUUGAGAUCCAGCGAGUACCUUCUUCCUCCUGGGAGCCUGGUGGAAACAGAUCUGGAGCUCACCUUCUCCCUGCAGUAUCCCCACUUCUUGAAGAGAGACACCAAUCGUCUGCAUGUGAUGCUGCAGAGGAGGAAGAAGUACAAAAACCGCACCAUCCUAGGCUACAAAUCACUCGCUGUGGGUGUCAUCAACAUGGACGAGGUGAUGCAGCAUCCAACGGAUGGAGCCCAAAUCCUUGGUCUCCAUAGCAACCAGAAGGAUGCUUCAGUGCGAGCAGCAGAACUGAGCGUCCAUUCUUUGUCUAGCCAGCCGGUCGAGCAAGAGGAUGUGUGUAGUCACCAUGGCAACAAGACUAAAGCUUCAGAUCGUUCUCCUGACACGGAACAUUACUGGGAGGACGACGACGACAGUUUCUUCUCAGAUCAAGAAGGAAGUGAUGAUGCUCUCCCGCCUCAGGAGAUGCAGAAUGAGGACGAUGACAUCCAUAGAAAGAUAAAGAGAUCUCACAGAAAAAUCCUGCAGACAGCAUCGCUGGCCCAGCAUCCAAACCUUAAACAGAAGCUGGUUGCUCUGUUGAAGAGAUUUAGGAUCACUGAUGAGAGUGACCCUGUUGGUCAGACUCAGGAUGCUGAGUCUGACCAGGAUCUUGAUCUACUGUACGGCAGCAUUGAGGUUGAUAACAUGAGUGACAGCGGCCGGGACAUGUAUGACAUUGAGAGCAUCCAGAGCACCCCCAAACCCAAACUCAGGCCAUUCUUUGAAAGCAACUCUCAGAUUGAAAUGAGGAGUUCGGAGCAUCAGAAAGAACAAACAGCUGCUGUGGAGCCCCUGUCUGCUGGAUCUCCCAGGUCCAACUGCACUGAGGGGCCCAGAGAAGAUGAGGAAGCGGAGGAUGGCGCCUUGGCAACAGAUGCAGGCCCUGCAGCCAAAACAGAGCUGCAGACACACAUCUCCCCAAGUAAGACAGGAAGUCAACAUCCAACAAGGACCGUCUCCUUGAAGGACCGACAGAACUCCAGAGGGAUGGACAGGAACAGCAGUGUGGACAGUGAGACGUCAUGUGACCAUAGGAUACCUGCUCCGCAGGUGGCCCGUAAGGUGGUUUUGGAUCAACUCAACAGCAUUCUGCUCUCAGAGGAUCAGGUACCAGACUCCAUCAUCCUGAUCAACACCACAGACUGGCAAGGUCAGUACCUGUCAGAGCUUCUCUUUGAUCAGCCAAUCGUGUGCAGCGUCUCAUCCGCUGAUGUUCAGGCUGCCUUCAGCACAAUCAUCGCCCGCCUCCAGAGAUUCUGUAACUAUAACUCCCAGACUCCACCCACAGUGAAGGUGGGGGUGGCCGGAGACCAGAGUUACCUCAACACCGUCCUGAACUGCUUUGUGGAUCAGCUGGCCAAUAAGACGCCUGAUUGGCUGCAUUACCUCUGUUUCCUUAUCAUCCCUUACGGGGUCCACCCUUUAGCAAAGUAUCUGUCGGUUCUGGACGGGAAGUUUGGCAGCCUGUUCCUGGACGCAGGAUGGAGGGAGCUGUUUGGACGAGCCGAGCCUCCACUGCUGGAUCCUCUGGGAGUGUCUGCUCGGGUGUGUGAGUAUGUGGCAGGAGCUGCAGUAUCCCACCUUUGUCCGAUCUCAGAGGCCAUGCUGACCUGCAAACACAGGAGCCCUGAAGACGACUCGUUUCAGAAGUUUGUUCCAUUUAUCGGGGUGGUGAACGUUGGCCUCGUUGAACAGAACUUCUUGUCGACCUCAGUGGACUCAGAUGACUUCAUACUGGGAUCUCCUCCCUGCCAGUAUGGGGUUGGACUCACCUCCACACCCCCACCGUCCCCCUCCAUUAGCUCUUCAGCAGAGAUGAUGGGUCUGCAGGUGGACUACUGGACACAUUCUGGAGGAGGAGGAGGAGGGGGUGCAGCUGAGUGGAGAAAGGAGGUGGGGAUGAAGAACAGUCUGAAGAACAACUUCCGCUGCCUUCAGGUGUCCCGUCUGAGUGCAGGAGAACUGAUGAGUAUGACGGUGGUGAUGAAGGAGAAGAAUAAAAAAGUCAUGUUCCUCAGCAAAAAGUCCAAGGAGAAGGAGGUGGAGUCGAGGAGUCAGGUGAUCGACGGAAUCAGCAGGUUGAUCUGUACGUCCAAACACCAGCACACACUCAGAGUGUCAGUUGAUGGUGUCGAGUGGAACGACGUGAAGUUUUUCCAGCUGGCAGCUCAGUGGCCGACGCACGUCAAGCACUUUCCUGUCGGGAUCUUCGGCUACAGCAAACUGUGAACUUCCUCCUUACCAUGGUGACUUAUAAUGAGGCUCUGAGAUGUUUUCACCACCCUGUUUCCUACUGUCUCAGCAGGAUAGGAAAUUGUGUUUGAGCCCAACUUUAAUUUAAGAAGCAGUUCUGAGAAGCAGUGUUGGGGUAACCCAGUUGACCAGGCAGCAUGUCCCAUUUGAUUUACUUAAUCUGUGAAAACAACUGGAAAUAUUGGAAGUCCAAAAAAAUGUAACCUGAAGGAUGAAUCUCUUGGUGGAAACUGUCUCUAUGGUUUAUAUUUAUUUUUUUAUUCAUCAUUCAGAAGUGUGGAGUGAAUUUGUUACUAUUAUUUCAAAGAUGUUUCCUAAAUGUAAAUUGCAGUACCGAAAUACAUUUUUUCCCCCUUGUUUCUUAGAUUUUUUAUUUAUUUUUUUUAACAUAUUUUAUAUUUUCAAUUUUAUUUUUUUUUAAUAGUUUUUUCAGAUCGAUUUUUACAAAUUGUAUUCUUUAAAUUAUGUUUUCUCUUUACUUUAAGGCUAAUACAACGCUCACUCUGGUCCAACAAAAAGUUGUUGUGUCCAGUAGACCAAUAGAAAUGCGUCUUUUAUCGUCACUAUAGAGGAAAGCCCGCCCCCUGAAGGGAAGAGGACACAAUUUGAAAAGAAUUGGUCAAACUUAAUAUAAAAAAAGAGUAAUAAAAAAGUAUUUGAAAAAAUAAAAGCUGUAAAAGACUAUUUUAAAGUAUAGUUUUUGGUUUCACGUUUUUUAAUUUCCAUUUACAAAACUCUUUCUUUGCAACAUUAAUGGAACAAAAUUAACUCCAUACAGAAACAAAGUUUCAUAGAGUUGGUGAAACGGUCGGAUUUAUUCGUAAAAUGUAAUUCUGUGUGUAUAUUCAUUUCAUGUUGGAAAAGAUUUAUAUCUUAGAAAUGUUUUCCUCUUCACGUAU